AUGGAUGUGAUGGUUCCUUAUUUGUAUAACUCAAUCGAUAAAGCUGCGUCGUUGGCGUCGCCCUAUGUCUCUCCAGAAAAAUUAGACCAAGUUUGUCGGUGGUUGAAACAGCACGAUGAAGCCGUGCUUUACUCUACGCUAGGUGCCUUAGUUUUAGGCACAUUAUAUUUGGCAUCAUCUGGUAAUGGCAAGACGAAAAAGAGAUCAAAGAAACCUUCUUCUAAAAAAUCGUACCAGGUGAAGGUGAAGAAGGAAAAAGUGGUCCCUGUAGAUCCCGUCAAACAGAGUUACGAUACGAUCAACUCAGUCAAGGACGAGCUAAAAAACGUCUUCACCCCGCAGGUGGACCAGCUUGAGAAAGACGUUGAAAGGGAACUUGCUGGCAAGAAGGAGAUAGAAGGAAAAAAGAACAAACACAAGAAGAAGAAGGCAGGUUCCAAGAACAAGUUGAAAGAGCACACCUCCAACGAAGCGCCAGAGGGUGCGGCAAAGACCUCAUCUUAUAAGGACAGCACAAAAUACCGCUACCUCUACCUCAAUGAGGCUUUAUUGAAGCUGCUCAUGCGUUUGGACGGUGUGGAAACUCAAGGUAUCGAAGAUAUCCGUGUACAAAGGAAAGCCACCAUCAAACUCGUCCAAGAACAAUGUAAAAGAGUUGAUGCGCUAAAAGAUUACGUAAAUUGA